CUUCGAUGGAACAAUUCGAAGUGAAACAAAAGAAACUGGCACACUUUGUUACUAUAAAUGGGCCAGUGGACACUUGGACACAUACUCAUUCUUGUGUAAACUAUCGAGGCAGAAGCAUCCAGUUCAACAACGAGCCAACAGCAGCCAGCGAAAUGUCGAAAACAGCCACCACUUCCAUCGCCCUCGCGUUUGUUGUAACCGUCAUACUGUGCCAUUGCAACAACUUCGUGGAAGCGCGUCCUGAUCAAUACGAUGCCGCUGCCGAGACGCGAAAUUUCAAGAGUGAAGUAAAAGAGGAUGGCAGCUAUCAAUACCAGUAUGAGACCUCGAAUGGCAUUGCCGCUGGCGAAUCCGGUGUAGGCGGCUAUUAUGCGAGCGGCUCUUCGGCUUAUUAUGCGCCAGAUGGUCAACUCAUUCAAUUGAGCUACACAGCCGAUGAAAAUGGCUUCCAUCCGGCUGGCGAACAUUUGCCCACACCACCACCAAUACCAGAGGCUAUUCUCAAAGCGCUCGAAUACAUUCGUACACAUCCACAACAAGAGGACCGCAAGGGCGCCAGUGGCCAAGCUCAGCUGUCGUAUCAAGACAAUAAAAAGUUCUAAGCAGGUGAAUAAGCCAUAUACAUAUACUUGAGUAUGUAGCAGCUUAUAAAUUGAGUAAAUGUUUUUCAUAUUUUUUGUUUAAAUUUAAAAGAAUAUUGUCUUCAUUGGUUUGGCUUCAAGUCUGCACAAUUUACUUGUACAUAUACGUAUCAAUUAUGGUUAAGAAAAGAAAGAAUAAAGUGUUAUUUUUUUAAAUA